UUAUGUAUUGUAUGCGAUUAAUCCCGAUUAAUCGUUUGACAGCAUAUAUAUAUAUGGUAAUUAGUAUGUGAUAUUGCCAACAUUUCCUUUUUAAGAUUUAAUGACAUUAUGGAUCACUCUCUCAUUGAUAAGCAAUACACAAACACACACUACUGAGCUGUUAAAGGCAACAGAUGGCUACUUUGCCUGAUUGACUAUAAUCAUUAAUCAUUCAUCCCGCGGCACUCAUGCAUUAUCUCGAGCCUCCACGUUUUCAGGGUGGCAACCGAGGCAACGCUCUCUCGAUCUGCGAUCUCAUUGGCUAGCCAUACGCUCGUCACUCCCCCAUCCGUCGGAAGUGCGUUCUCCUCCUGCGUCUCCCUACAGUCUGAACCCGCCUGCGAGCUCGCGCUAUCGGCCUCUUCGUCGCGCGUUUGCUCGGUUUGUCAGGCAGAAGCACGGGCUUGGUGGAUCGGAGAUCUGGCCUUGGAUUAUGCUGCCAUUCCAACCGACCAGAAGGAUGUGGGAUUCAGCGGCUCUCCUGCUUUUAAAAAUCCAACCUCAGGAACGAACACGUCUGUGUUUUAUUCGCCAGGGCUGAGCGUAUGUGGGACAGUAGCGAGUCUAACAGCUUUAAAAGCCUUCAGACAAAAGACGGCUGCGAAGUAAUAUUCACCAAAAAAAAAAAAAAAGCGUUGUUGUCUCCAUUCUAUGGAGAAAGUGAGCAAGAUGUGGGGUAACCUCAGGAGUCGAUGCCAAGCCCUCUUCCACAACGAUGGCUCAGAGUCCCAUCUGUGUAGCCAGGAUUUAGAUUGUGUCCACCGUGUUGUGGACUUGGGCAGGGGAACACAUGCAGAACCCUAUGAAACUAGGUCUUUCACACCCUCACGCACCGUCUCACCACUCCCAUUGGUUCCUGGAGGACGUAGAGCCCAUAACUGUGUGGCAGAUAUUCCCCAGAUAGUAGAAAUCUCCAUUGACAAAGAGAGUGAGGAUGCACGGAGGGGUCCCCUUGUCCGUAGGGACUCCUACUCACGCCACGCUCCCUGGGGAGGUAAAAAGAAGCAUUCUUGCUCAACUAAAACACAAAGUUCACUUGAGGCUGACAGGCGAACAGGGCGCUCAAGGGGAAGUACAGCUAGGAGGGAGCGUCGCUAUGGAGUUAGCUCUAUCCAAGAGAUUAAUGAUUCUGUAGGAGCUGGCAGCAGUGGGCGCAGCCUUAGCACCCGUUCUCUACGACAACGACUUAGGGAAACCGUAGGCUUGUGCCUUCCUCUCCCCACACAGCAUCGCUCUCAGUCAGCCAAAGGCCAGGUCUCCUCCAAACGUAAGAUCCACCUUACUGAACUCAUGCUCGAAACAUGCCCUUUCCCACCCGGUUCAGAUCUGGCCAACAAGUGGCACCUAAUUAAGCAACAUACGGCGCCAGUAAGCCCUCAUUCCUCAACUGCUCUUUUAGAUGCAUUUGAUUCGGCACAUCCAUCCCCUGAGGACGAGGAGGAGAGGCUGCGUGAACGGCGUAGACUUAGCAUAGAGGAAGGAGUGGAUCCCCCUCCAAAUGCACAGAUCCAUACGCUGGAAGCAACUUCACAAAACUCUUCCCUAUAUAAACUGGGACCAAAGAUGGCUCCUGGUGUUGCGGAAGGACUUGGUGAGGGCAGAAGUCUGGGGAAAGUCUCCUCUAUUUCUGGGGUCUUAUCGGGGAUUGCCCCACAGGUUGCAGCGAGUAUGGCAGUGCCAUCCCACACUGUUGACUGUGACUCUGAGGAGGACUCAACUACUCUUUGCUUACAGACACGGAGGCCCAAGCAGAGGCAUGCUUCUGGGGACACUCACUGCUCCAGACAGCCAGGGCCUUGGAAGGUCCACACGCAGAUUGACUAUAUUCAUUGUUUGGUGCCCGACCUACAGGCCAUAACUGCUCUUCCUUGUUAUUGGGGGGUGAUGGACCGGUACCAAGCAGAAGCACUGCUGGACGGACGACCAGAGGGCACCUUCCUGUUACGUGAUUCUGCUCAGGAGGACUACUUGUUUUCCGUUAGCUUUCGACGUUACAAUCGUUCACUGCAUGCUCGCAUUGAACAAUGGAAUCACAACUUUAGCUUUGAUGCACAUGACCCCUGUGUCUUCCACUCUUCCACAGUAACAGGCCUGCUGGAGCACUAUAAGGACCCCAGUGCCUGUAUGUUCUUUGAGCCCCUGCUCACUGCUCCCUUACACCGGACUUUCCCUUUCAGCCUUCAGCAUCUGGCACGAGCUGCCAUCUGCAGACACACCACCUACGAUGGCAUUGGUGCCCUGCCACUGCCUCCAACCAUGCAGGACUUCCUGAAGGAGUAUCACUACAAACAGAAAGUCCGUGUCCGCUGGCUAGAGAGAGAGCCACCACUCAAGGUCAAAUGAGGUCUGGCUCUGCGCCCAAGAGAGGCAGGAUUGUGGGCAAGAGCUUUGCCGCCAGAGGAGUAUGUGGCUCAUAUUAUCCAUCACAUAGCUGGCUUUAGAUACACAGCAACAUAGGAUGUUAUGAACUUUCAGCAGUUUUUUCCCUGUUAAUACUACACAUGGAAUCCAUACAAAUGUUUCCGUGCAGUACAUUAUGUCAAGCUAGCUUAAACGCUGAAGUGUCAAGCAUGCCAGGAAUGAGAUGGUCUUAUUCUCUCUAAUCUUUUCCAAUGAACUUAUCCUUUGGAUCUCCACCAUCCUGCCCGCAUGCCCCUUUCAUUCUGUCUUCUAGUGUUUUACACUAUUUUGAAUAGUAAAACUGGGUGUUGUCACAUUAACCAGCCUCUUUUGUCAGGCAAAUGGAUCAACAGAAUCUUAGUCCACUGAUUAAAAUAUAUUCAAGGAAUCUUGUAAGUCUUCAUACCUGAAAUAUCUGCUACUUCUAAUAAUUUGAUGUUAAAUAUCUAGUCACAUAAACCAUAUGCCUAUUUGCUAAGUCAUGGCUAAUCGAUCAGCAAUACCUUCAAGAUACUUUACAGUGACCUCCUACAAGUGUCAAGUUCCCUGAAGCAGCACUUGUUAAGCCUUGUGUACAUGGACAAAAUCACAGUUCGAUACACGCACCUCUCAGCACUAAGCAUGCUUUAUUUUUAAAAUCGAGGCAGACAGAAAUGAAAGACAUGAACUAAUUGCAAGGAGGAGGGAGCACAGUGUACAAUGAUGUGAUAGGGAGGACAGAUUAUUUAAAACUAGGCCCUCAUGUAGUGUCAUCCCAGCAUAAUCCUUUUAAACAAUCUAUUUUACAAUUUUCUAUUUUUUAUCAGUGACAGUCUAAAAUGACAUAUGGCACUUUAAUUGUUGUUUGUGUUCCGCACAAUGACUUAUAGACUAAAGUUAAUGAAUAUAAACAGAUUGUUUUGUUUGUUUGUUUUGGACCUUAUUCAUAGUAUGUCAGUUUAUCCCCCAUAUUCUUCACAUAAGUCACCCAAAGUUUAUGUAAGUGUCAAGUGUAUCUUACAUUGCCUGUGCACAUGGUUUGUACUCGAGGCUAAUAUUGUUUAAAAUGCAACAGCCAAAAGUGGACAGAGAAAGUCCCCUUUAAAACUUGUAUAAAUACCCCCAAGAUUGUUGUCCCAUAAGAUAUUGUUGGAAACCAGACAGAUGUCAUCACUGCGUAUAUAUUUAAUGUUUACUGGAUUGAUGUCUAGUAAUGUUAUAAAGUGUGAUUGGUUCCAUUUGAAAUGUUGCACUUGUAUUCAUUAUGAAGCAUGCGGCUAUGCUUCUUUUACUAUUUUUGUGUGCACUAGGGAUUGAGAUUCCCUCAACACUUUAAAGAUAUAGUUAUAAAAUUCUAUACUUUUGAUGUGCUCGGUCUUAGAUGAAAAAUGAUUAAAGUAAACAAAUUCACGCUAAUAUGUUUAAUAUCAGAUGUUCAGUAUUGCAAUGGUAGACUUUCAAGGUCCAAGCAAAUUUCAGACCAUGCAUAAUAAUAUGUAAAACUGGUACAAUUUGCAGUAUUUGGGUGUUUGAUUAUCAGCGACCAAAGGUGUGCAUCUCUAGGUUGUUAUUGUGAAUGAGAAAUCUUCCACUAUGCCUUUUGAUUAUUUAUAUUGGGCUCAAUGACUUAAACAUAGUGUCUGGCAGAGUCGCACCCAUUUUGAAGCCAUUUAUUUGAACUGCAAUUAAAUCCACAUUUAAACUCUUUUAAAAUACACCUCGGUUGUCACUGAAAGGAAGUCAUUUUGUUAAUUUUAGACAUUUUUUUACUCCGUUUUUCCCGCUUGAAUGACCUGAAUAAAUACGCAAAACAACCAUCUUAAUUUCUUUCAACCUGCACACUGUAUGCUCUGUAUACAGGCUCACGUUAUGUCAACUGUGUAGUGAUAAAUGUCAGAUGAUGUCAUCUGCUUUCAAGACUUCAGCUUUGAGAAUAAUACGCCUUUCAUUGAAUUUACAGACAAAAUAGGAGCGCUUUGUCACAGCAGGCAGUUUCACUAUCUCUCCUCGAUCCAUACAUGUGGUGUAAAAAACAAAAACAAAAAAGACCUAGCCUGGUUUUAUUUGAUUUGCCUGGGUUAGGCUGGUAGGGCAGAUAGACCAAUUGAAGACCAGCUUAAUCUGGUUUAAAAAGUUUUUUUUUAAGUUUUUUAUUUUACAACUAUUAUGUGUAGACCUUUUUUUGUUUUCAAUGUUUUAAAAAAGUACCAUGGUUUUUAAGAUAUGGUAACAUGGUAAUCCCAUGGGAUUUGGACAUGUUCCAUCAUAGUGUCAUAUUUUUAGAACAUGUACUUCUAUGAUAUCACUGUAAACUGGUACUACCGUACUUUUUUUUUUUUGAAAUGCACAUAACGCUAACCCAAGGAAAUGUUUCCCCUAUAGCAAAAUCUCAACGAUGCUGAAGGCAUUCAGCAGAAAUUCGUAAAGUUCUUUGCCGUUUCAGGAAUGAGUUCAGAUGAUUUAAGCUGUUGCAUUUAUGACAAAGCUUCAUUUUCAAGGGUACUGGUUUGAGUGCUGUUGAACGCUUAGUGAUAGCCUAGCCAAAUUCUUUGUAGUUUUAUUAUUAUUUUUUUUUUAACACUGAAGCAUACUUAUGCAGUCAUUUGGGACUUUGUAGGCCACUGAACAGUGAGCGAGUCUCUCCUGGCAGAGUUACACCCUGCCCUGCCUUACAGGCACUAAUCACAGGCUAAAUUUAAUGUGCUAGCCUCUAAAUUUACCACCUGCUAAAAGGACCACUCUGUGUUUCUUGAUGGGUGCUAUGAAAAUAGACGAGAGGGACUUUUUGCUCUAAUUUUUCCUCUUCCUACCCAGUCUGACCACAUUUAUCACCCUCUUUCUUGGAUAUGUAGUGCUGAAAGCAGUGAGCAUGUUGUUUAUCUAGUCUGGAUACUAGCUAAAGUUAGCAUUAGCAAGAAGCUAACACACACACAGUGCUCCAUUGAGGAAAAUUGAGUGCUGCAAGGAAUUGGGGCUGUGGUUAUUUAGUUAAUAGAAAGUAUUACGAGGGAAGUAACACACAAAACUAAUCCAACACAGUGUUCUCCAGUAACUCAGGCCUGGUUUAUUGUAUUCAAAAUAAUGCCAAUAAAAUGGUAACAGUGGGACUGCAAAAGUCAACAAAGAUUACAGUGAGGAGUCUUGUUUUGAGACUUCUAUGAGUUGUGUCUUGUGUUUAUGGCCUGGGGAUGCUUUGUCUUUGUUUUCAUGGUUAUUUUGAAACCGCUUCUCUAUAUGGAGGAGUUUAAUGUUCUUUCUGCCCAUUUUCCCCAUGGGAAAUUUCUUAUGUCAGCCACCGUAGCACAUACUAACCACAUGACCAUGUCAAAUACACCCUGCUUGCAAACUAGCCAGUGGAAAAACAGUUUGAUACAUGCACGCAUACUCAUGUACCCAUAUUUGUUAAAUAUUGAGAUUUAUUAAAGAGUGGACUUUAUUUUACAGACUGUGGCAGAACAGCGAUUGAUCUUGAACUUACUAAUCCUUCUAUUUAGAUCAUAACUCUUUUUAGCUGUACUUUAGUGCCAACGUGUAAAGCUCUGGGGCCUCAUUUAUGAAAAAUGCAAAUAAAAGUCCUAAACAUUAAGUUUCAUCUGUCCAUAUUCACUGCAAUACAUUUCUGAUAUUCCUAAAUAUCAUUUAUUUACGUAUUAAGUCAGUUAUAAAUUUUACACUUAAAAAUCUCCAGAAAAUGUAAAUCUGCAAACAAGCUUUUCACUUAUUUACAUAAUAGAACGCUUCUGUGACAGUUUUAGCCUUUGUAAAUCCCAAGUUGUUCCUACGUAGGAUCAAAUCCAUGGAUUUUAGGAUUAAAACUGAACUUACAUGGAUUUUAUAAAUGAGGCCUCGGAUCUUUUUGACUUUGGUGCCAAAAUAUGUUGCGAAAGGAGUUGAAUAGUUUUAUGCAAGCAAAGUUGCAUUUAACAAAUUUUUAUUUUUACAUAAACUGUAUCUCUAAUACACAUUGAGUGUGAUGUAACCAUGGUUGCAAUUUUAUGUCACUUUAAUGCUCUAUGUGCACGCUUGAAUAUGGGCACUGUGGUGACAGGGCUUGACGAUGAUGGGGGCUAAUGGUUGGCAUUCUGCCUCCUCGACUGCCUUAUACAUUCUGACCAAUCACAACAGCCUUCUCAGCUGCCACAGACUAACCCAUCUCUAAUCCUACAGUAUAUCACCAAAUAUUGUUCUCUGUUACCUUCGAUCUUCUACUCAUUUUACAAACUAAUAUCUGGAUGAAAGCUGUGUUAUUAGAAAACAAAGAUGUGUAACGUUUUAGUUUUAGUUUUGUUUGUCCUCUGAAUAUUUUCUUCGACUGUUGUUUUAUUCUUUGCAGAACUUGUCAUUGUUACAGCCAAUGCACUUGUAGAUGUCACUCUUGGUGCUUUGUGAAUGCUUUGUUGUCUUAAUAUUAUUAAUAAAAUAUUGAGUGUAUUCCAUGCAGUAAAUAGAUAUGAUCACGAA